CGUCAACAAAUACCUCUCAUCUGUGGAGACCAUGGAGGCGACUGAUGUCACCAACGCAGCUCUAAACUAUGGGAUUGUGGUGGACUGUGGCAGCAGCGGCUCCAGGGUGUAUGUGUACUACUGGCCCCCCCACCAUGGAAACCUCCACACCCUGCUGGACAUCAGGCAGAUGAGGGACCACGACCGCCACCCUGUGGUCAAGAAGAUCAAACCUGGUAUUUCCACCAUGGCGCUGAGCCCAGCCAAGGCUAGUGACUACCUCCACCCCCUCCUUUCCUUCGCUGCCACCCAUGUCCCCAGGAAGAAACACAAGGAGACUCCUCUCUAUAUCCUCUGUACUGCUGGCAUGAGACUGCUUCCUGAGAGUCAGCAGGCUGCUAUCCUGGAGGACCUGGUAAGAGAUGUUCCAGUGGAGUUUGACUUCCUGUUCUCCAGCUCCCAUGCAGAGGUGAUCUCUGGGAAACAGGAAGGUGUGUAUGCAUGGAUUGGUAUUAACUUUGUGUUGGGACGCUUUGACCAUGCCGAGUACGAAGAUGAUGCAAUGGUGGAGGUCACUACAGGGUCACAGAACCACACCCAAUUAGCCGGGCGUACAGUGGGCAUCAUGGACAUGGGCGGAGCCUCGCUGCAGAUAGCCUAUGAGGUGCCUAGCGCGGUCCACUUCAGUUCACCUGAACAGGAGGAGUCGGGGAAGAGCCUGCUGGCAGAGUUUAACCUGGGCUGUGAUUCAGAGCACACGCAGCACGUCUACCGUGUAUAUGUCACCACAUUCCUGGGCUUCGGGGGGAACAUGGCUCGACAGCGCUACGAAGACCAGCUGGUCAACUCCACCAUCACCAAGAACAGGCUGACAGGCGAUCAGACAGGCAUGAUGGAAGCCACUCCCCUUGCAGACCCAUGCCUCCCUGUCGGCCUAUCAGACGUGGUGCGUCGGGACGGCCGUGCGGUUCACCUGAGAGGGCAGGGGGACUGGGCGCGGUGCCAGGGGGCAGUCAGGCCUUUCCUGGGUCUCCACAAUGGCACCAUGGGAUCCCCCAGGGGGGUGUACCAGGCCCCCAUCGACUACAGCAACUCAGAGUUCUACGGCUUCUCUGAGUUCUUCUACUGCACUGAGGAUGUACUGAGGAUGGGGGGACCAUACGACAGCGCUAAGUACUCCAAGGCUGCCACGGACUAUUGUGCCACCAAGUGGUCAACCCUCACCAAGCGUCUGGACAGCAAGCUGUUCUCUAAACAAGCAGACUCCUCCAGACUGAAGUACCAGUGUUUUAAGUCAGCCUGGAUGUUCCAGGUGCUCCACUCAGGCUUCAGGUUCCCUAAGGACUACCCCAGCCUGAAGACUGCUCAGCUGGUCUAUGACAAGGAGGUGCAGUGGACCCUGGGAGCCAUCCUGUUUAAGACACGUUUCCUGCCUCUCAGGGACCUCCAGGCAGAGUCAUUUAAACAGAGCCACUCCAACUGGCUGCGUUCCUCCUUCGUCUACAACCACUACCUGUUUUUUGCCUGUAUCCUGGUGGUCCUGCUGGCCAUUCUGCUGUACAUCCUCCGCCUCCCCCGCAGGAUCCACCAGCGAACAGAGGCAGGCAGAGGCCUGGACCUGCUCUGGGUGGAGGAGGGGAGGCUCUUCUGGCCUGAUCCAGGAUCAGUUUAG